AUGGCUCUGCUCGCCUCGUCCGCCAUCCUGGAGGCACGGGGUUUUGGCGUCGCGCCUCCAGCGCCCACCGUCGGUCCGCCGCCGCUGGGCGCCAGGCAGGAGGCGUUUAUGGAGACCUGCGCGUGGUACCCGCUCACGUCGAGCGGCAGUGACUGGGACGCCAUCAUGUGCGAGGAGCCGUGCACGACGAGCGACGGAAAGUUUGGGUGCAGCUUCAUCCCGCAAACAUGUCAGGACAGCACCGACCCGCUGUGUGCUGCGUCGGCGACUUACGACCCAGCCGUCACUUGCUGUGAAAGCGACUAUCCCUUCUGCGUGACUGGCUUCCUCACCUCUGGUGUCGACACCCUCACGGCUUUCCGCUGCGGGAGGGGCGAGCUGUCCGGCGUGGCCUCGCUCUACCUUUCGCCUGAGAUCACCAGCGCGUUCACAAGCACGACCACAACGACGACGGAGGAGGAAAGCAAGCCCAAGACCAUCACCAAGGUCGUCGCCGAGACCUCACAGACGGAGACUCCCGACGACGGAGGGAGUCCGCCCAUUGGAGCCAUUGUGGGUGGUACAAUAGGCGGUGUCGCCCUCAUCCUCCUCGUCGCCUUUGCCAUCUGGUUCAUCCGCUUCCAGAGAGGAAGGUCGGCCGAUUCCGCUGCCAAAUCCACGCCCAGCAUGGAACCCUACCGCCAACCCGAGUACGCUGGUAACCAACCGAGCUAUGCUGUGUCGCCGACUCAGGGGCAUCAGAGCGGCUACUAUGCGCCGUCGACACAGAGCUACGAACCGCAAGGGUACGCAGGGGCGCCUGUGGGAUAUGCAUCGACGGCUCCGGGAUGCCCGCCGCCUGGCCAGUCGAUGAUGACACAGAUGGACCCGGUCGUCGAGUUGCCGGGGUAUUCUGGGUAUAGUGUUCCUCAGGAGCUCUCUUCACACGGGAGAUGA